AUGUCGGAACCCGAACAUGCUCGCCAAAUCCCCCUAGAGGGAUCAGCUACUGUGAGCACGAACUCUAACUCUUAUAACGAGAAAUCAGGCAACUCUACCGCACCUGGCGCCGCCGGUUACAACGCUCCACCUGGUGGUCCUCCCAAGGACGAACUGGAAGAGCUACAAAGAGAAGCUAACAACCAGUUGGAAACCAAAUCCAAGUCAGAUUUGCUGUUCGUGUCCAUCUGCUGUUUAAUGGUGGCUUUCGGUGGGUUCGUCUUUGGAUGGGACACUGGUACGAUUUCCGGUUUCGUCAGACAAAGCGACUACAUUAGGCGGUUUGGAACCACUCGUGCUAACGGUACAAGCUAUCUUUCCAACGUCAGGACCGGUUUGUUAGUGUCUAUUUUCAAUAUUGGCUGUGCCAUUGGGGGUAUAGUUUUAUCUAGGCUCGGUGAUAUGUAUGGCCGUAAAAUCGGCCUAGUCAUUGUGGUCGUCAUUUACUCCGUGGGUAUCGUGAUUCAAAUUGCCUCCAUAGAUAAAUGGUACCAGUAUUUCAUUGGUAGGAUUAUCUCUGGUUUAGGUGUUGGCGGUAUCACGGUGUUGGCACCGAUGUUAAUAUCUGAAGUGUCUCCAAAACAGUUGCGUGGUACUUUGGUUUCAUGUUACCAACUUAUGAUCACCUUCGGUAUCUUUCUAGGUUACUGUACUAAUUUUGGUACCAAGAACUACUCCAACUCUGUGCAAUGGAGAGUCCCCUUGGGGUUGUGUUUUGCAUGGUCUAUCUUCAUGAUUUUUGGGAUGAGUUUUGUUCCUGAAUCCCCACGUUAUCUGGUCGAAGUGGGUAAAAUGGAUGAAGCCAAGCGUGCUUUAGCAAGGGUUAACAAGACCACUGAGGAUUCACCGUUAGUUACUCUGGAAAUGGAGAAUUACCAAUCUUCCAUUGAGGCUGAAAGACUAGCCGGCUCUGCCUCGUGGAGCGAAUUAGUCACGGGUAAACCUCAAAUGCUAAGACGUACAAUCAUGGGUAUGAUGAUUCAAUCUCUACAACAAUUGACUGGUGACAACUACUUCUUCUACUACGGUACUACAAUUUUCCAAGCUGUCGGUUUACAGGAUUCAUUUGAAACUGCCAUCGUUUUAGGGGUAGUCAACUUUGUUUCUACUUUCUUCUCAUUGUAUACUGUUGACCGUUUCGGCCGUCGUAACUGUCUACUGUGGGRAUGUGUUGGUAUGAUUUGUUGCUACGUGGUCUACGCCUCUGUAGGUGUUACCAGAUUGUGGCCAAACGGCCAAAGUCAACCCUCCUCUAAAGGGGCUGGUAAUUGUAUGAUUGUCUUUGCCUGUUUCUAUAUCUUUUGCUUCGCCACGACGUGGGCUCCUGUUGCAUAUGUCCUCAUCUCCGAGUCCUAUCCUUUAAGAGUCCGUGGUAAAGCAAUGUCAAUUGCCAGUGCAUGUAACUGGAUCUGGGGUUUCCUGAUCAGUUUUUUCACCCCAUUCAUCACUUCAGCAAUUAAUUUUUACUAUGGAUAUGUCUUUAUGGGCUGUAUGGUGUUCGCAUACGUAUACGUAUUCUUCGUUGUUCCCGAGACUAAGGGCUUGACACUAGAGGAAGUCAACGAAAUGUACGAAGAAAACGUCUUACCUUGGAAGUCCACCAAAUGGGUUCCUCCUUCUAGAAGAACCGAGGAUUAUGAUUUGAAUGCUACCAGAAACGACACUAGACCAAUCUAUAAGAGGAUGUUUACUAAAGAGAAGUAA